CCGACCUCUGAAGGCCGGACAGCUCCGGACACUCACAGCGCUAGCACGUGAAAGACGGAUCUCGGUCCGUAGACCGUCAAGUGCUUACUAUUUUCAAUCUCCCUAUAGAACUGGGAAAGGGCCUCGUGCCGAGGCACCAACCUUGCCUGGUUCUCAAACAAAGUAUUGCAUAAGAUAUUCAUCUACGAUGAGUGUACUAUGAAGUAGAAGUACUUUUAGUUGAAGUAUAGAGUAAUGUCAAACAGCUGAUCUUUGAAAAUCUAUUUUUCGAUGACACACAGUUUGGUAGGAGAUGAGGAAUCACAAAAAAUCAACAUCCUCAAGUCAUAGGAAAAAGAGCUUACCAGAUCAUGUAGAAUUAGCCAUAGGGGCAAAGGUAUUGGUGACACAGAACAUCAAAACUGAUCUGGAUAUUCCCAAUGGUGCGAGAGGAAAGAUUGUAAAAAUUGUGUUUGAUCCUAGAGAGCCAGAAUUUGAGGAGAACUGUUCAGUGGUGGAGCUGGAGUACAUGCCAUUGUAUGAGUUGGUAAAGAUGGAUUGCACAAGAGCACAGAAGCUUGAUGGAAGGUUUGGGUUGGAAGAAAAAAGUACGUCAAAGGCACAGUUCAUUGCAAGCAAUUCCCGAUGACAGCAGCAUAUGCAUUCACAGAUUAUUGGGCUCAAGGACAGACCAUAUGGAGUGUGCUAGUGGAUAUAGGGAACUCAGUUUGUUCAAUCUGUAUGUGGUGUUAUCUCGGAGUUCAGAGCUUCUAGCGGAAGAUGACAGGUUGGAGAAAAUCAACACACAGACAGCAGAGUGGUGGAAGAAAAUGACAGAGAAAUUGGAAUGUGUAUAGAUUGACAAUAUUACAGACAAUGUUGGGUAUGAAUCAAGA